ACUCAGUUGACUUACCCGUUCAGCCGAAUUUUGAGAGAGGAGGACCGGAAGUGUUAGUUUCUCUGGAUGUCGUUUAUCAAUUUUAAUUUCAUUUCAGCUACAUACAUUAACACUCAAGGCAGCUUUGAAUCCACUCGGUGUCUUUGGUCAGUGAUUACGCACCAUGAUGCGAUAUUGGGGUGAGAUCCCUGGACCUGCAGGUGCUCCUCCCAGUCGCAGCUCAUUUGAUUUGCUCCAGCGUGAGUUUCGCUCUGUGGAGAUGCAGGACCCUCCCCUGCACCAGCCCUCUGCGCAGCGUCCACGGCCCACCACCAUGCUGGACAUCCCGUCAGAGCCAUGCAGCCUCACCGUCCACACAGUGCAGCUGUGCCAGCAUGUACGUCACCUCCGUGGUCUUUUAGCAGCAGCCCAGAGUCAGGGUCAGAGCUCCACAUCUGCUGAGGGUGGCAUCAGGCUGGAAGAAGGUGAUAUCAGCCUACCUGCAUGCCCUCCUACGCCACCUCUCAUGCCAGAUGACUUGCUUCCUGCAGACAGCAAAGCCCCCUGGCAACCCUUUCAGCUCCGGCAUAGCGACCCUGAAAGUGAUUUCUACAAGGGUAAAGGGGAGCCUGUCACAGAGCUGAGUUGGCCGUCCUGCAGGCAGCUCCUCUACCAGGCUGUGGCCACCAUCCUAGCCCACGCAGGCUUUGAGUUAGCCCAGGAGAGCGUCCUGGAGACCCUGACGGAUCUGGUCCAUGAGCAUUAUCUGCGCUUGUCCGGUCUGCUACGAGUGGCAGUGGACAGGGAGGCACGGCUGGGUGCCAGUCCCUUCCCAGACGUAGUGGAGCAAGUAUUCCACGAGGUGGGCAUCGGCAGUAUUCUGGCCCUGCAGCGCUUCUGGCAAGUGCGCAUCAAAGACUAUCACAGCUACAUGCUGCAGGUCAGUAAGGAUCUGUCAGAAGAAUAUGAGCGACUGGUGAAUCCAGAGAAGACUCUGGAAGAUUCCAAGCCACUCAGGAUCAAAGAGGAGCCAAUGAGUGACAUCUCCUUCCCUGUUAGCGAGGAACCUGAGGCUGACUUGGCCUCUGGGGACCAGGCCUUGCCCAUGGGGGUCCUGGGGGCCCACGGUGAGAGGCUGGCUUCAGGACUGGAUGGUGACCACUCUCCUCACACGUCAGGUGGGGGCGGAGCCACCACUUCACCUCUGUGGCCACAAGUAAAAAUCGAGCCGCAAGAAGGCGAGGAUGGUCAGGGUACCAGUCACCACCAUCAUCACCAUCACGGAGUCCUGGGCAGUGAAGUGUUUGAGGAGGGCAACCCCAUGUCCACCAUGAGCGAAUCAGGGGGCACCAUGGCGCCCUCACCGUCAGGAGCAGCAUCAGAUGGCAGCUAUGCUUCACAUUCACCUGAUUCCGUGAUGGGAACCUCGCCCGUCUUCAACCAGAGACCCAAGAAACGGGCAAAGAAGAUGUGAGAUUAAGAAGCUCUUAGAGGUGGUUUGAGGAUGGUGGAAUAGUUAUGUACAAAAUGUGAAGGUGGACAAAGAUUUUGUGGUCUCAAAACUGACCACCUUUUUUUUUAAGGCCACUAGAUGCUUCCAGGUCAGAAUCAGGCUCUUAACCGCUAGGCUAGCUGCCGAGAAACCUUUCAUAUUGCUUUAUCUUAAGUCAUUUAGUUUAAGAGUUAGGAUUAUGAUUAGAGUUGGAGUAUAAUUUUUCUGAAAUGGGUCAAUUUUAAUAAUAAUUGUGCAUCUGGACAAAGGCUUCCUUCACAUACUGUGCUGAAUAGACUCAUGACUCUUAGAGAGAAAACAAAGUGUUCAAAAUGCAUCCUGUGCAGUACCAAGCUCAAAGUGUGGAAGUCCAGCAGAUAUUUGAAACCUACACAGGCCCUGAGGCCUGUUGGUGCUGAUGUUUAUCCCCGGAUACCUUCAUGUGAAGCAGAUUCCAGUUUGCAGGUCCUCUUGGAUAGGACACUAGUCCAUCUCCAGACCAAUUUCCAGCUGGGUAGAUGGGGGCAAUGCAGAUGAAAUGUCUUGUUGAAAGACGCAGAGAGACAGCAUGACAGCCCAGAUCUACAUAUUGGCAGCUCAAUUACCAAUAGCUCAACGUAUCCACUGAGCUACCAGAUGUCCCAAAAGUGUCCCGAAGUCUGCUGACUUUGGGACAUUUUCAAGCAUGUUGAAUAUAAUACUUUGAUACUUGAGAUGAUGGUGACUACAUAAAAAGUCAUGUAAGAUGUGUGAUGAAUGAGUUAAUAUGAACAAAACAUUUUUUUGUUUUACUUUUUCAAGGAUUUGUGUAUAAAUGUCUUAAAAGGCAACUGUUAAAAUAGUUCUUGUUAAAUAUAUAUUAUUACGUUUUGUUACCUAAAUAAUAAAUAUCUUCAGUUUGAAUUAAG